CGCUGGCCUGCUCCCUGGCUGCUCCGCUGAGUGCAGCUACGGUUGCUAAGGAACCACUGAAAGCAGGUGGAAUAACAAUGACGGUGGCAUAGUGAGCAAAGCGGGUCAGUCUGGCUGGUUGAGGUGUGGAGGGGACACCACAAAACCACGCCAGGUUUCUGACAAAUACAAUUUCCACUGCCCUCAAUAAACCUCUGCAUCAUCCAUGUCUAUACCUGGAUAAUAGCUUCAACUAUGGUGACACUUAUCACAGAGCAGCUCCGUAAGCAGAGUCUGGAAGAGCCUUAUCAAAAGGCUUUCUCAUUCAAUGUGAAUGUGUCAUUACCUGCAGUCGGCUCCAGUCCCACUGUCUCGUGGAGCACUGGUCGAUCAAGACAAGAAACCCGCUCAACAACACACCCAUCAUCCAAAGCCAACUUUCUAGAUGAAUCCUGUGGACUUGACUCCAUAUGGCUUCCAUCACACUCUGGAGAGCAUCACCAGAGAAUGGAGGUUUCUUCCUUCACAGAAAAGGCUUUACAAAACUCACCACCGCCACCACCUCCAAAACGCCACUGUCGGUCCCUCUCUGUUCCAGAGGACCUGUUUCGGUGCCGCUCCACCUGGCAUCCUAGUGCAUCCAAGGUUUGGACCCCAGUCAAACGUGGCUGCCCAAGUGGAGGAGCAUCUAGUUCUGGCUCUGGAGCCAGCUCUUUGCUACUUUGUGGUCCCAGUUCCUCUUCCUCUGUACACUCAUCUUCUAGCCCUACCUUCUUUAGCUUAGCACUCUCCUCUGACUCCCCACUGCCAUGGAGCUUCCCAUGGGACCCCUGUGACACUCUGAAAGGAGCCUGCUCUGCCUCCUUUGCUACUCCAUCCUCCUGCUCCUCUUCACCGGCCCCCCGGAUUUCCCACUCAAUGCUGCGGCGCCGCUUCUCCCUCUCCCCUGUGCACAUUCAGGACGCCUCUGUUGCACUCCUGCCGCCCAAGCCCUCCCCAGCCUCUGCUCUAACAUAUGGCUGUUCAGGCAUAGAGCACCCAGCCCUGUCUCCAUCUCCCACUUCAGCCUGCAGUACACCAUCCUCCUGUAGGCGUGACCUGCAUCCAGCGCUGCCACGGUGCCACUCACAGCCCUGUGACAUGCGCAAACCACGCUUAAAGAGGCGCCAUGAUGCAGAUGUUCUCCCCUACCCCAGGCCAGGCCUUAACUUUAGCAAGAUGACACAGAUUGGUAAUCGUGAGAGCCUUGCAUGUGCUACAGAUGGCUGUGUAAUUCCAGUGUCUUCCCAGGCAGAGCAGUGCUCAGCCUUCUCCCCUGCAGAGUUCCUGGGUCGAGGCAGCAUCGGACCACUAAGUGAAAGUGAAGAAGAUGAGGAGGAGGAAGAAGAGGAUAAAAGAAAAAGGACUUUAAUAGAUGGAGGACAAACGAUUGUUUUUGAGAGGGACUGCACAGAACUGGAUUUGAACCUUAUAGAAGAAAACUGACCACUUGUUGGUUCUCCUAGUGUAAUUAGAGCCUCCAUAACCAUGUUAAGCACACCAGUAGGCUUUGCGUGCUCUUUGGGCAGAAUCCUUGGGAACGUGCUGACCUCAUAAGGCUUUCAUCCAGAGUUUGAACCAAGCAAUUAGCGUCAUUUAAUAUCCAAUUACAAUGUAAUGAUUGUAACACUUGGAACUAAUUCACUGUUAAACAUUUCACAUAAGUGUCAGUGCCUGCCUUUUCAACACUCCAUAGGGAAAUGUGCAUGAACAAAUAAGUGAGUUUUCAUGCUUACAGGCUUUUGGCUAAUAUUUCAUAUUGAUACAAGUCUUAAAUUAGCAUUAACUGUUGGUAAGCAUCUUGAUAUCCUUACAUAUCCUUAUCGAAGAACAUAUUGCGUUAAGCACAACAUUCUUGGGCCAGAUUAGUUGGGAUUGUUUUUGAGCAUUGCUCAGUCAGCAGAUGCUUCUUAAGUGUGUGGGUCUCUGAAAUUGGACAUAAAGUAAAGCAGAACCUAAUGCUACCGUGUGUAGCUAAAAAUAAAAUGCAACUAGGCCAAAUAUAGGAAUUAUGUCCAUAUACAAAUGCUCUCUGGUAGGUUGAACAGGAUAUAUUCCAAGAUUUUGCUGCAGUCCCUUAAAUCUGUCAUAGACCCUGGAAACAAAAUCUGCUUUUACUGCUGUUCUGUCAUUGAUUUGUCCUUUUGAAGCAACUCUACAUCAUCAAAGGGAAGGUUUUCUUCUGAUAGGAGAAAGGAUGCCUCUCUUUGUUUUUCCUAUAUACAUUAUGAGUUUGUUUGGACAUUAGCACAAUGUCAGCAGUCAUACUGAUGAUACUGUAAACUGAACAUUGCCUUAAGCUUAAAACAAGAGUUCUUGGGGCUCUGGUCUUCUCUUUCACAACGAGACAUUUUUGCAAACUCCAUUUGCGCUAAUUCAGAUAUUUUUGAACUGGUGGUACAUGCACUAUAAUCGCUUUUUGAAAAACUGGAUUGAUGCUGCAGCUGGACUUAAAUAGGGCACAAUGAAAUGUACUGUACAGUGGUUAGAGUGAGUACACAUGUCGAGCUACUUCUGAGUGAAUGUGACAAAGGUGGGAGUGAUGCAAAUGACUUGGUGGCCUUUCAGAAAUGAUCUUUCUUGUGUUUUCAGAUGGAAAUAUUACUGUUGCACAAUUUAUGUACAAAUAAACUUUAAUAGAGAA